AUGAGACUCUCUCUUCCCGCGGCCUUUCCGGGUCUGUCUAUAAUAGCAGGCGUGCUGACAAGCGGCUUCGAGCCCCCAAACUUUGAUGUAGCCAAGGCGCUCCUAGACAAAGGAAUCAAUGUCACGGCUAUUCCUGGUCUGGCAGAGCUAGUCGACGCAUCUUCGCCCGCCGCCUGCUCAAUAGCUUGUUCCACUCUUGAAAGCACUUUCGGCAACAACAGUGUGCUCGCGCAGGGAAGCUCGGCAUACAGCAACUUUACGGGCGAUUACUGGGCGGCGCAGCAAGCCGCAGUCAAACCCUUUUGCAUAUUCAAACCUAGCAAUGCUUCACAUGUAGCAGCCGUCGUCUUGUUAUCUCGAUUCACCCAAUGUCCUUUUGCAGUGAAGGGAGGAGGACAUGCUGCGUUCGCUGGAGGGUCGAGUAUUGAAGGCGGCAUCACAAUUGCACUUGAGAAGCUCAAUCAAAAGUCCUUGUCGCCAGAUCGCAGUGUAGCUUCCAUUGGGCCAGGUAAUACUUGGGGAGAUAUAUACCCAUGGAUCGAGCAGUAUGGACGAGAAGUCAUUGGUGGUAGGAUAUCCUCGGUCGGAGUUUCUGGAUUGAUCCUUGGAGGAGGAAUAUCUCAUUAUUCCAACGCCUACGGAUGGGCUUGUGAUAACGUUGAAUCGUUCGAAGUAGUAACAGCGUCGGGUGAAGUCGUUACUGUAAGCGCUGAUGAAUUCCCUGAUCUCUACUGGGCUCUUCGUGGCGGCGGCAACAAUUUUGGUAUCGUUACACAGUUCAACACAAGGACGUUCCUCCAGGGGCCAAUGUGGGGCGGACAACGCGCUCAUAGCGAGGACCAGUGGGACAAGCUGUAUGAAGCCUACUACAACUUUGCGAUCAACGCCGAAAAAGAUAUCAAGCAGGCUCAAAUUGUCUCAUUCGCGCUGCAGAACGGUAUGAAGAUUGCAGCAGCGGAUCUUGAAUAUUCCGACCCGACCCCGUGGCCUCCAGUUUUCGACGAAUGGAAGGCCAUUCCUGCAAUCAUUGACCAGACCUCUAUUGCAAACAUGUCAAAGUUAGCGAAUCAGCUUGGCGCAGGAACUCCCGAUGGUAUACAGGAGACGUAUUGGGACUUCACCUUCAAGGUGGAUAGGGAUAUCUUCAAGACUUUCAUUGACAUCUUCUUCGACAUGCUGCCGGCAAUUGCAGACGCCGCCGGCGUCUUACCCGUGCUGUCAUUCCAAGCAAUUACUGUUCCAGCUAUGCGGAAAAUGCAACAGAAUGGCGGCAAUCCACGGGGCCUCAAUCCCGAUGACGGCCCCAUUUGCAUCAGCAACCUUGCCAUCAUGUGGACAAACGCUGCCGAUAAUACACGCAUCAUGACAUUCGCCAAUAGCCUGAUGGAGCGUCUGGUUGCUGAAGCAGACAAGAAGGGGCUCUACAGUGACUUCCUCUAUAUGAACUAUGCAUCGCCAUACCAAGAUGUCAUUGCGAGUUAUGGGGCAGUCAACAAGCAGAAGCUGCAAGACAUUGCGGCUAAUUAUGAUCCUACAGGUGUCUUCCAGACACUCCAGCCUGGUUACUUCAAACUCGAUGGAGCGCCAUAUGGGGAAUUCCCUUCCUAG